GUUAUGAGAGAGGAAGAGAAAGAGAGUGAGAGAGUGAGAAAGUUACUACUACUCCUAUACAUUCACGGAAUAGAAAUCACUACUAGUUGUACUUAUCGUCUAUAUGUUUUCCUCAGCUAUACACUUGUACUACUACUAUACUGCAGGAGUACUGCAAGGGACUCCCGCAGUAAAUAUGCGGGAAUAGGAACGGAAGGGGCAGAUAUGAGAAGAACGUAGAAGCCACUAAGUAGACUAGUAGUGAUUUACUAGUGUAUCUAUCUAUCUAUCUACUUGUAAAUGUAAUAAGCGAU